AUGAGGCAUCCGAAUUUUCUUGAUACUACUUCUUCAUUGUUGUCCUUGUUCUUAUUCAUAACUAUUUUGGUCACCAGCCAAAUUCCACUUGGCUUCACUGGACAAGCUCACUCUUCAAAUUUCACCUGCAUUGAAAGUGAACGACAAGCUCUUCUUCAGUUCAGAGAUAGCUUGACAGAUGAAUCAAAUCGUCUAUCGUCAUGGAUUGGAGAAAACUAUUGUUCAUGGGAUGGAAUCAGUUGCAACAAAGUAACUGGCCAUGUGGUGAAACUCGAUCUAUGCAAUUCGGAGCAACCUGGAUUCGAAAUUUAUAGUCAUUGGUAUCAUUGCAGAUCUUGCCUGGCAGGUCAUCAGUUAAGCCCAUCUUUGGUCAAUUUGACCAAUCUGCGGCACUUGGACCUGAGCUUGAAUAAUUUUUCGGGAAUCCGGAUUCCCACAUUUCUUGGAUUGCUCAAAGAAUUGAGAUACCUCAAUCUCUCGGAUGCAGGGUUUGUUGGUGAAGUUCCCCAUCAUUUGGGAAAUCUCUCGCAUUUAAGGUACUUAGAUAUUGGUGUUGUUUUAGGUGGAAUUAUUCAGAAUAAAUUGACAAGUAAUGAUCUUGAAUGGGUCGCUAGGCUCUCUUCUCUUGAAACCCUGUCCCUAAACAGUGUAGACCUUUCGGGUGCUCAAGAUGUGUUCAACGCAAUUAACAUGCUUCCUUUGCUAAAAGCACUAGAUUUAGAGGGUUGUAGACUUACCAUUCCUCAUCUUUUACAUGUCAAUUCCACAUCUCUUUCUUCCUUGGAUCUCAGUGCCAAUCAAUUUAUCAACCCCACCAUCGCUCCUUGGCUGGGUAACCUUACGGGCCUCCAAGAUCUUAAUCUUCGUUUUUGUUAUCUAGGUGGUGAGGUUCAUGAUACAUUUGAGCAAAUGGGAUCUCUAGUUAAACUCAAUCUGUAUGGAAACUGCUUUGAUACUUCAACAUUGAAAUCCAUUUGCAACAUUAGCAGUCUUACUAGUUUGCAGAUGACUGAAAAUAACUUGCAAGGGUCAAUACCAAAUGAAAUAGCCUUAGAUAUCUGCCGUAACAAUUUGGAAGGAUCUCUAAAGUCAUUUGCAACAGGUAUUUUGAAUUUGGAUCUUUCACGAAGUGCAUUUGCAGGAAAUAGUAGCUGA